UAAUACGUAUAAAUAAAUGAGAGUUAGCUCUCAUUGGUUAAUCUUUCAAAAAAAUAGGUCAAUUGCAUGUUGAUGUAACGUUUUAAUGGUCGUAACAAAAGAUAAAAACGAUAAGAUGGCGGGCCUCGAUAUUCGCAAACUGGACUAUCCAGUAUAUGAAGGAAUUGGUUUACUAAAGUUUCCAAAUUGUUUAGAAAACGCUGGACAAACAAUACAAAAUAUCAAAGACUUAAAGCUCGGUCCAGAUUCAGUUAUUCUGGCUACGUUUCCUCGAUCGGGAACACACUGGGUGUACGAAAUUACUCAUAUGUUGCUUACAAAAAAGGCAGAGUAUGCUACAAAGUCCAGAGAGGCUGUUUACUUGGAAGGGUUGCCAGACCUGGGCCCUCUACAGUCUUAUAAUCAUAUCGUCAGCACACACCUUCCAUUCCAGUGGCUACCACAACAGCACUUGGAGACAGGUGGCAAAAUCAUUCAUGUCAUAAGGAACCCGAAAGAUGUUGCUGUUUCAUUGUAUAAAUUUGCGGACUCAUGCGACGGUAUCCCUGAGAACACAUUUGAAGAAUUCUUUUUUGAAUAUUUUUUAAAGAACAAGGUGAUGUUUGGCGGUUGGUUUAAUUACAACAAGGCGUUCAUCAGAGAAUCGGAAGUGCGGAAAGACCAAAUCAUCAUGUUGCAAUACGAAAAACUGCAAAGAAAUACUAUCGGGGAACUCAAACGAUUGGCAAAGUUCUUAGACGUAAAAGAUGCUGACCAAUUGUUCCCAGAAAUAGCAGAGAAGUGUGGCUUCGACAAUCUUAAAGCAGCUGAUGAAAGAGUGCGAAAUGAUUCCACUAUGGCAGAAAUCAUAAAGUCUAUGAAUCUCAAGAAAAUUCCUACCUUGUAUAGAAAAGGUAAAGUUGGAGAUUGGAAAAAUUAUUUCACAGUAGCAAUGAACGAAACAUUUGACAAGAUAUACGCAGAUAACAUGAAGAAUGUUGCAGUUGAUAUCGAUUUUGUCUAGUGUUUAAUCCGAAAUGAAUCAUAUAACAUUUGUAUUGUAUUAAUCGAUUAUAUCUAAAGUAUUGGCUAAAUAUUUAUGCAUUACCUCUUAAGUGUGUAUUGUAUUAAUCGAUUAUAUCUAAAGUAUUGGCUAAAUAUUUAUGCAUUACCUCUUAAGUGUGUAUCUAAAGCUAAGGUAGUUAUUAGUUUAAUCUUGUAAUUUAACACCAGUGUUGAUGUAUACACUGUUUAUAGAUCAAUAAUACAGUAGACAAUAGUGAUAAGAUUUUCUGUUAAUAUCCAAAAGCAACUCUACACACUCCUAAAAUGUUUAGAAACCCGUUCUAUUCUAGCUGAGCUGGGGAAAUAGACAUGUGUGCUUUAUUAAGACUGAAACGAAAUGUGGCGGUAGGGAACAGUGCUCUAAAUCAAAAGUUCAAAAGAAAAAUACAAAACAGGAGCAGAAUACACAUGGGUCUCUACAAAAACUUGAGGGAGAAUCAGGCACCAUGGAUAAGCGAGCAACGUCACAUCCGCCGUGUGCUCUUUGUGGUAAUCGGAAAAGGCUUUGCAUGAUUCCUAAAUUUAGAUAUAACGCCAAAUCAUUUCCAUUUUGAAUUUAAAGGGGCUGGUCACGAUUUUGGUCACUUUUAUUAUUUACAAUGCGUUUAGAAGACAUUUCUAAUGAUCCAAUAAAAUUUGAGAGUCAGUUGUAGUGUUAUAAGCAAGAUACAGGGCUCACAAUUCUUUGUCAUGUAAACAAGGCCCGUGCCCUGUUUUUGUAUACAAUGGUUCAAUAUUCCAGUAAAAAAUCUUUCUCUAGCCAAUUUGUUAAUCUUCUUAUUCAUUUUAAGCAUGAAUAAACUGUUUCUAACAUAACACAUUUGUUUUAGGUCUAAAACUGAAAUUUUUACUUCAACAUUCAAAAUGUAAACAAAUGCUUUGUUUACAUAGCAAAGAAGUGUAGGCUCUGUAACUCCCUUAUAACUCAACAAUAGACACUCAAAUUGUUGUUGAUUAUUGAAAAUACCUUACUUGAGCAUUGUAAACAUUAAAAUUUGAAAAAAAAAAAAAAAACAAUUUUUGAUCAAAAUUGUGACCAUGCCCCUUUAAUGAUGUACGAUAAUUUAUUUUAAAAAAACAAUAAUACAUGUCAUUUUUAAGCUCACCGAAGUUUUCUUAUUCAUGUACUGGGAAAUUCACUGAAAAAUAUGUUUAUUUUAACAAUCUAAAAAUAAAAGAACUUCUUGAUAUCAAUGUUUGCACUUAACUUUUUCCGCUACAUCAUUUUAAUGUUCUAAAUUGUGCAUUUGACAAAAAUACCUUAAAGAGAGCUAAAUAGUUGCCGCUUUUAAAAGGUUAUACUCAUCCUUUAGACAAAAAGGUAUGUGAAAAAAAUUAGAGAAAUGUAUUUAUCUUUUAGCUUUAUCUCCCCCUUAAUAAAUAGAGUUAUGGCAACAUAUCAUAUUUAAAAGUUUAAAGCAUAUCUGAUGGGUAAAAGGUUGACACCAGCUUCCUUUAAUACUGUUUAAAAUAAAAUUAUACACUUCUAUCACAUCAGCGAAUUCGAGGCUCUACCAGAACUUAAUAUUUAGGUGGAAUCGAUUGAAAUAUUUGCAAUGUAUUGUAUGUACCAUAUAAAUUUCGCCCUAAAAGCUAUAUAUUAUAGGUGAUCAACGUCACACAAUUAAUUAGAUUCAAAAUAUUAAUCAGCAGUAAAGAACCUAUGUCACCACAAAAAAAAAAUUGAUAGAAGGUACACCAUUCGUGUUUUAAAUCAUGCUUACUCGUUUAUCACUGAUAUGAAAGAGAUUCAGGAUAAAAUGUCAGAAAAAAUAGAUUAUAAUUAAGAUCUGCUGUUGAUUGAAUUGGAAUUGCCAAGAUAUACAACCUAAAAAAUGCAAGAUUAUUUUUUAGUCAAUAUGAUAUGUUAAAUCAAUUACAGGUCUCAGCGGAUCUCUAGUAUUGGCUUUCCAAACAUUCCACUUCCGACAACAUCGAUUAGGUUAAAUCCAUAUUUAACUUCAUCUACAUAUCCAAAUUCUAAAAAUAAAAAUUCCAACAAUAAAUAUACAAGAAAGGAAACAAGAGCACAAAUUCGAGCCCAUUUAAUUGCAGCCCUUUUAAAAUCGUAUAUAUUAUCAAUUCUUUC